GACUGACGGCCCCUCGCAGCAACGACCUUGAGCACGCGACCUACCCGUUCGGUUGUGCGCGACUCCCCAAUGCUGCUCCGAUAGCCCACAACGCCCCGAUUUUGUUCUGCCAUUGGAAAGGAAAAGAGUCAUAAGCAAUGCCAUCCUACGCCGCCAUUCACGGCACCCCCAGCGAACAUGGCUCGCGCCCUACGAGCCAAGCCUCCCACGGCAGCAGAAGACGACACCCAAAGCAGGUCGGCAUGGCAGGUUCAGCAUCAUGGACCUCCUCCGUCAUCAACCUCGUCAAUACCAUCGUCGGCGCCGGCGUACUCGCCAUGCCACAUGCGCUGAGCAAUAUGGGCAUCACAUUAGGCACCAUUGUCAUACUAUGGGCGGGUCUGACCGCGGGCUUUGGGUUGUACCUGCAAACGAGAUGCGCACGAUACCUUGACCGAGGGGCAAGCAGUUUCUUUGCGCUGAGUCAGAUCACGUAUCCCAAUGCGGCGGUGGUGUUUGACGCGGCGAUUGCGAUCAAGUGUUUUGGCGUGGGAGUGAGCUAUUUGAUCAUCAUUGGCGAUCUCAUGCCAGGCGUUGUCAGAGGGUUUGGGGACGUGGGCGAUGCGCUGUAUUUGCUUGAUAGGCGGUUCUGGGUUACGGCGUUCAUGUUGAUUGUGAUACCCCUGUCGUUCCUGCGCAAGCUUGACAGCUUGAAGUACACAUCGGUCAUUGCUCUGGUCUCGAUUGCAUACCUGGUCGUUCUCGUCGUAUAUCACUACGCGAGUGGCGACACCCUUCCGGAGCGUGGCGAUAUCAACUGGGUUCAAUGGCAAGGGGCCAUCCCAACCCUCGCAAGCUUUCCGAUCAUCGUAUUUGCAUAUACAUGCCAUCAGAACAUGUUCUCCAUCCUAAACGAAAUCGCGAAUAACACACCCCUCCGCACCACCGCCGUCGUCGGCGCCUCCAUCGGCAGCGCAGCCUCCAUCUACAUCCUCGUGGCCAUCACCGGCUACCUCUCCUUUGGCACCAACAUCAUGGGCAACAUCGUCGCCCAAUACACACCCUCCGUCUUCUCCACCAUCGGUCGCGCCGCAAUCGUCGUCCUUGUCAUGUUCAGCUACCCACUGCAAGUCCACCCUUGCCGCGCCUCCGUGGACGCAGUCAGCAAAUGGCGUCCGCAAGGCCGGAGCAAGAACAACGAGGAAUUCACACCAGCGUCUGGAAGUCCGACGCGGAGUAGUUUGCUAUCAUCUGGCAAUGGCGGAGGCAGCCAAAAGGUCCCUUCGCGGCCAAAACCGGAGGACAUGUCUGAGCUGCGGUUUGCGGUCAUCACCACGGCUAUCAUCAUCCUCUCCUACAUCGUCGCCAUGACCGUGUCCAGCUUGGAUAAAGUGCUAGCGUACGUGGGUAGUACGGGAUCGACGAGCAUCUCGUUCAUCUUACCAGGUCUCUUCUACUACAAGAUUUCGUCGCCGGAUAGUCCACACCAUCAGCGCCUGCUGAAGGACGAAGACGACGAGGAUUACGAGGGCUCUGGUGAAGACGAAGACGCGGGUUCGCCGGUUGCUCGUGGCCGAAAACCAUGGACGAGCAGGAUUCGCGGCCGACAGUGGCAGCGAGAUGUGCUGCGGAAGUUGAGUCUGGCAUUGGCGAUUUAUGGGUUGGUGGUGAUGGUUGUUUGUUUGGUCAUCAACACGUUUUUUAUCGUGGCGCAUUGAGCGGUUGUAGGGUGCACGUGCGGCG